AUGGGUGGUGAUUAUGUUCCCAUAUUGGUCUUACUGUGUUUUUUGUUUAGACCUUGCUACCCCACCUUGGUUGAAUCAAUAGACAUGGAUGGAAAUCUACAGAAGAAUGAGAAGAACACCACUCAUUUAAGUCCUAAACACUUUCAAUUUCCGUGGAGAGCUGAUUUCACAGAUGAGGGGAGCAAUAUUAUUUCUCAUAAGGACUCGAGAUCAAAGGGGUGCUACAACUUACAAUGCAGAGGAUUUGUUCCUACAAGUGGAGCUAAGCUAGUGCCGGGACAAGCCAUUGCUCCUCCAUCAAUUUACGGCAUACAAGAUCACUACAUCAGGCUUAGCCUCAACAAGGAUCCAAAUUCUGGAGAUUGGGUGGUGUACCGUCAUGAUUUAGAAACACCGUCAUUCUUGGGACAUUUUCCAAAGGAGCUUUGCCCUGAGACACCACGUAUACAAGCAUUGACCGGAUUCAUGAAUUACUUAAAGAAUGCACAUGGUCCACCGAUGGGUAGUGGACACUUCCCCGAUUAUAAUGAGAAGAAAUCUGCCUACUUCAAUCAUGUUAAGAAAUACAACUCAAAGGGUCAAGCUUUUGACCCCCGUUACACUGGGAUGGUCAAGUUAGUUGAUAGGAAAGAUUGUUAUGAUACAAAUGAUUUAUUUCUUGAAUUUAAGAAGGGUUAUACAUUCAACUAUGGUGGACCAGGUGGUUGUGUUGGUUGA